AAAGUGACGAUAACAGUUUUUGGAAUCUCUCUUUCUCACCAUUUCAUUUUCUAUUCAACGUAAACCUAACAUUUUCUCAAACUUUAAUCGAUCGGAUCAGCUGAACAUCAAUGCCGCCGAUUGCUGCCGCAGCUCCGGCCAUCUUUUCAUCGUCAUUCAUUCUUUCUUCUUUUUCGCCGUCGACAUUUCCUUUCCAUCUGCACUUUACACCACUAGGGAAAAUGGAAGAAGAAGAAGAUGAAACCUUAUAUAUUGGUGAUGAAAUUUAUGAGAAUCAUUCCAAGCGUGCUUUCGAGGGUGAAGAAGACAAUGAUUUUCCUUCCCGAACUGCUUCUCUUAACGCUGAUGAACUCGACAUCUCGAAACUUGAUUUGCCUUCACAAAUUGUUGAUUCGCUCCGUGAGAGGGGGAUUACGCAACUUUUUCCUAUUCAGAGAGCGGUGUUAGUGCCUGCACUUCAAGGUAGAGAUAUCAUUGCUCGUGCAAAGACUGGAACGGGGAAGACACUGGCUUUUGGAAUUCCUAUUAUCAAUAGCCUCGAUAAUGGCGAGGAUUCAGAUAGUUACAGUAGCAGGCGACUUCCUAGAGCUUUGGUACUUGCACCUAACAGGGAGUUAGCAAAGCAAGUGGAGAAGGAGAUAAAAGAAUCUGAACCUUAUCUCAAAACGGUUUGUAUUUAUGGAGGUGUUUCUUAUACUUCUCAGCAGGGUGCACUUUCACGUGGGGUUGAUGUAGUUGUUGGAACGCCCGGUAGACUGAUUGAUCUCAUCAACGGGAACACACUUAACUUGAGCGAAGUUGAGUAUUUGGUGCUUGAUGAAGCUGAUCAAAUGCUUGCUGUUGGGUUUGAGGAGGCUGUGGAAGUCAUUUUGGAAAAGCUUCCAGCUAAGAGACAGAGCAUGCUUUUUUCUGCAACCAUGCCUAGUUGGGUGAAGAAAUUGGCCUGAAAAUAUUUGGACAAUCCGUUGAAAAUUGAUUUGGUAUCCAUGGAUAAGGAAAAUGGUUCUUCUCAGAAAGCUGAAGACUUAAAAUUGAAGGAAAAGCGGAAACGAGAGCGAGAG